ACCUUAACAUUCUCGGAGGAGAAAGGGAGCGUCACUUUUGAAGCCGAUCCCAAGGCCUGACUCUCAUUUUACCGUCGUUCCAACUCUCAUUUCUCAUUUGGAUACAACACCCAGACUCGUGCUUUUCUCGCUCCUUUUUCAGUCUGCGCUCGAGACUUCAACAGUGUGGAGUAGAAAUCGAUGUUACAUAUCAUUGGUCGUUCUGGCCCGGUCUGCUUAGGGAAGUUGGAUCAUAAGCUCUGUGUGUGGAACCAUGGUCCAUUAAUGGAAUUCCCCCUGGUGCAUCUUUGGACGUCUGUUCCAAGCCUCAUUCAUCCGAGAGGAUAAGGAGGGGAAAAUCAAUCAUCUGGGAGUCAAAGACUCGGUUUUGAUUCGUGUCGGACCAUAUCAUCGUAAAUAUGAUUUGGACAAGCACCAUUUUGCUCCUCCAUGUUUGAGUGAUCACCGCCCAUCAGUCCCUCAAGAAUCAUGACUAACUCAACGGAGGAUUGUGACGACACCGUUAGUGACUACUUAUACCUCUACACGUGGUGGAUGGAAUGUGUGGGCGAGAUCGGCAUCGGUUUGAUGGGCUUGAUCGGGAAUUGCAUCGCCCUGCCCAUUCUCUACUCCAAGCUAGUGUCGUCGAUCUUCAACAAGAUGCUCGUGUUCCUGACCAUUUUUGACAACAUCUUCAUUAUCUGUUGUGUGCUCGAGUCCAUUCGAAAAUACAUCUUCACGAGUAAUGCCCAGCAACUCAUCUUCAUCUACUUACUGUACCAACUCCAAAAUAUCGCUCUCACGUGCUCGAUCUAUGCGACGGUGGUCCUGGCUGUGGAGCGGUACAUUGCCGUGUCUAGACCGGUGGAAUACCACAUAAUGGUCAAUACCAGUGGUUCCAGUCCUUGGCGACGCGUGUUGGCUUACAUGGUCCCUAUCACUCUCUUUGGGAUCCUCUUCAAUCUGCCCAAGUACUUUGAAUUGCAAGCCAUUCUCCCGGGGAGGAACAAUAGCGAUGAGUCCAAUGGGACUAAUCUGGUCCAGUUUCUGCCCACCGAAUUACGCUUGAACGAGGAUUACGUGUUUUACUAUGUUCACUUGACUCGGUUCUUCAUCACGGGGAUCCUGCCGUUUAUAAGUUUGUUGUUCCUCAAUUAUGGGAUCUAUAGAGCCAUGAAACAACGACGAACCAACUCUUCGUUGGCCAAUUCGAACCGAAACAAUAACGCCACGGCCACCAAUAACCAUGAAAAUGAAGAAAACCGUCAGGCUUUGGUCUUGUUCUUCAUCGUGCUUCUGUUCUUGGUCUGCAAUGUUCCACGAAUUGUCCUCAAUUUUUAUGAGAUGCUCACCAUCAAUGCGUUUCGCGAGAAUGUGAACAACCAUUGUUUCCAAUUGCCAGAAUGGGUGAUAAUCACCACGUCGUUGUCCUUGCUUCUCAUGACCAUCAACUCAUCCAUCAAUUUCUUGAUCUAUUGCUUCCUGAAUCACACGUUUCGGACGGAGUUCAUUCGCAGAGCCAAGCUACCGUUUCAAUGUAUCUUGAAAUUGAUUGAUCGAACCUCGAACCUGGGCCAGCGACAAGAUGAAAGCGAUCCCGUUACCAUGAAUCAAGAGCUCGGUGAGAUCAGGAAACCUCGACAAGUUGCUGAUGUGUGAACCAAGAAAAAACAUUCGUUAUCUGUGCGUGUUUUUGACCCCCC